AUGUCCCCGGUUCAGAACCUACGCAACGCGCUGGAGGCUCUGGAUGAAAUGGUCGAGGAGGCUGACCGCAAAGUUGAAAAAAGUACCGUCCUAAUACGUUUGCAGAAUUUAAGCAACUUAACGACACGAACGGUGAAGACGUUAGACGGCAAGCACGUGGACAUCCAGCGCAUUGUGACCCACGGAAAAGCUACACUCAUGCUCACAUGUUUCAAAAACUAUGAAGUGACAAAUUGA